CUCUCUUGCUUCUCUACUGUUUCCUCUCUUUCUUCUUCCUCCAAGAAAGUUCCAGCCCUUUUGUGAUUUCUAUGUCUACCAGCCCUUCUCUUUCCUUUUAAUCAACCCUUUUCGUAUCUCUUUGUCAAGAGCUUUCUUUGAUGGGCCUCUGAUCACUUCGAGGCAUCCUUGGAGUUGCUUUUCCUUGGUCGCCAGAAGAGGAAAAGUAAAAAAAAAAAAAAAACAGGAGAUGUCUGUCGGUUCAAGGUACAACAAAGCAGAUGUGUGGGUGCCCAGGAAGUUUCAAGACACAGGCACAAGCCCUGAGAGCACAAAGAAAUGGAUUGAGCCCCGGAUGAAGAUGGAAAGCAAGGUCCCGGUUGUCUACUACCUAUCGAGAAAUGGCCAUCUUGAGCAUCCCCAUUUCAUGGAAGUCCGACUUUCUUCACCUGGUGGGCUCUUUCUCAGAGAUGUGACCAACAGAUUGAAUUGUCUGCGAGGUCAAGGCAUGGCCAACAUGUACUCUUGGUCUUCAAAAAGGACCUACAGAAGUGGGUAUGUGUGGCAAGACUUGACAGAGGAUGACCUGAUACACCCUUGCAAUGGCCGUGAAUACAUUCUCAAGGGAUCGGAACUCCUCCAAGUGCCAUCUCCGAGCCUCCGAUCCUCUGCCGCGAUCUCGUCGCCUACAGCGAAGAACGGCUCCUCAGAAGCGAACAACCCAGCCGAGGUCCCGAAGCUCUCCGACAUCAUCAAGAUCGAGCACAAGAACCAAUUGUACCCCACAUCACUCUCACUAGACGACGUUCGCCAAUACAUAGUCUACAAGGCCAAGACUUCAGAAAAGGCCAAUAAAGCGGCGAACGCGUCGACGCAGACCGAUGACAAGAGAACUAGGCUGACGAAGAGGGGCGACCGUGACGAGGACUGGAGCAACGAGGAGAUUCGGGUCUUGUCCUCCCCGCCGCCUUCGAACUCUAGCACUGAGGGGAGGGAGAGCUUGGAUGGCUCAAGCUCCACAAGGAGAGACCCAACUUACAAAUUGUCAGAUAUCAGGAAUCAGGCGCUUGAGAACGAGAGGCCCAGCGGGAGGAUGAAGGCAUCGGCAGCAGUUCUGAGGCAGCUGAUCAUGUGCGGCGCAAAGGGCGUUGAUGAUGUCCAGUCAAUCACGCCCAGGUAGAGGCCGAAGAGGAUGUUCAGUGGAUCAAUUGUGCCUGAGCGCGACGAAAAGCUGUACAAAAAUUUUGAAUUCAACAU